AUAAUUCCUUCCUGCCGGCUACAUUAGCAAAAAAUAUGUCCAAUAUUAAUUAUAAGGAUAAAAUAGAAACAGACAUGAUAGGUUGGUUCGACGAAGUUGCCGAAAAUUCCGCUGCUGUGCAGCGGCGAACACUUCGGCGAAUUCUCGAACUGAACCAUGGUGUGGAGUAUCUCAAGAAAUGGAUUGGAGAUAUUAGAAUUCAUGAAGAAAUGGAUGAAAAUGAAUUGGAAUCAAUUUAUGCUUCUUUAGUCCCUCUUGCUUCUCAUGUAGAUAUAGAGCCUUUUACAAAGAGAGUUGCUGAUGGAGAUACAACUCCUCUCCUCACUCAACAACCAAUUACAAAUCUAUCCUUGAGUUCUGGAACCACUGAAGGAAGACAAAAAUUUGUACCCUUUACACACCAUAGCUCCCAAACUACUCUUCAGAUUUUCAAGUUGGCAGCAGCAUAUAGAUCAAGAAUUUAUCCAAUAAGAAGAGGAGGAAGAAUUCUUGAAUUCAUAUACAGCAGCAAACAAUGUAAAACAAAAGGAGGAGUAAUAGUAGGAACAGCCACAACACACUAUUAUGCAAGUGAUGAAUUCAAGAUUAAACAGCAACAAACAAAGUCCUUCACUUGUAGCCCUGAAGAAGUUAUUUCAUGUGGAGAUUAUAAACAAUCCACAUAUUGUCACCUCCUUCUUGGCUUAUAUUUUUCACAUGAAGUUGAAUUUGUUACCUCAACUUUUGCAUAUAGCAUAGUUGAAGCAUUCAGGUCAUUUGAAGAAAUGUGGAAGGAAUUGUGCCAUGACAUUAGGGAUGGUAGUAUUAGCUCAAGAAUCAACAUAUCUAAAGUCCAAAAAUCCGUGUCAGGUAUCACUCAGCCUAAUCCAGAGUUAGCUUCACGUAUUGAAUCAGUUUGUGAGGAUCUAGAAAGGGAAGACUGGUUUAGCACAAUCCCAAAAUUAUGGCCAAAUGCUAAGUAUGUUUACUCAAUAAUGACAGGGUCAAUGCAGCCAUAUUUAACAAAAUUAAGACAUUAUGCAGGGGAUUUGCCUCUAGUGAGUGCUGAUUAUGGAUCCACUGAGAGUUGGAUUGGAGUUAAUGUGGAUCCAUCUAAACCACCAGAAAAAGUUACUUUUGCAGUUAUACCUACUUUUUCUUACUUUGAGUUUAUACCCCUUUUUAGACACAAGUCAAAUCAUAAUUACAAAAAUGGCAAUAUUAAUUCAACAAAUGAUGAUUACAUAGAAGGUAAUCCGGUGCCCUUGUGUCAAGUUAAGAUUGGACAACAAUAUGAAAUCGUCCUAACAACUUUCACAGGUCUAUAUAGAUUUAGAUUAGGGGAUGUAGUAGAAGUAGUCGGUUUUUACAAGAAAACCCCCAAACUCAACUUCAUAUGCAGGAGAAAUCUGAUAUUAACAGUGAACAUCGAUAAAAAUACUGAAAAAGACCUCCAAUUCGUAGUAGAAAGAGGCUCAAAAAUACUAAGCAAGGGCACAAGACGAGCUGAGCUAGUAGAUUUCACGAGCCACGCGAACAUGACAAAGCAACCGGGUCACUAUGUGAUUUAUUGGGAAAUCAAAGGGGAAAUCGAAGAAAAGAUACUCGAUGAAUGUUGCAGAGAUAUGGAUGCUUCGUUUAUGGAUCAUGGUUAUGUCGUGUCAAGAAGAACAAAAUCCAUUGGACCAUUAGAGCUUUGCAUUGUGGAGAAAGGCACUUUUAAGAAGAUAUUGGAAUAUUACAUAGGAAAUGGGGCUGCUUUGAGUCAAUUCAAGACUCCUAGAUGCACUAGCAACCAAGUGUUACUAAAAAUCCUUAAUGUUUGCACCAUUAAGAGGUUUUAUAGCACAGCUUAUGGGUGAUAAAUUAGAAUAAUGUGGUGAUUAAUUAUAUUGACUAUAUUCGCGAUUCAUGAUAUCUUAAUUUAUGUAACAUAUUUUUACUUUUGCUUUA